AUGACGGGCGCUCCGCCGUACAACGCCCAGUCCCCGACUCAGCAGCAUCGGUACGCUGCCUACAGCUCGCCCAACAAGAACCAUCAGUAUUAUCCAAACAAUGAACAGCCGCCGCCGCAGUUUCACCAGCACCCGCCGCAGACACCUCCCGCAUUCCCUCCGUCUGUCGCGCGAAGCCCUCACUUUUCAAACGCGUCCCCAAUGCCCUCUGCGCUGCAACCACCCUUGAACGGAACUGCGCCACCGCAACCCCCUCAUCCGGAAUCUUCGUCGCAUUACCAGGGACAUUCAGCUGGGGGCCAACUUCCACCACCGCGCCCUUACCCGGCCUCCGUUCAUCCCGGCAACGGCAUCUCGCCUUACGGCACAUCGCAUGGCCAUCCGUCCAGCCGCCCAGAAGGCCAUUCGCAAUCUCCGACUAGAGAAUCCGAGUCUCCAUACCACGUGAGAGGCAAUGGAGUCUCAUAUGGGCAUUCGAUGAUGCGAGAGCCGAGACCUGUUUCGCCCCAGGAAACCAAGCCUACUAGAGCUGCCGAUCCGAUGUCUUUCGCCAGUAUCCUGUCCGGACCGUCAGAGGAGCAGCCUGCGAGAAAACCGUCUCCUCCGCCUGCCCCCAUGGCUGUUCCCGCACCUCACACACCCUCCAUGUACGAACACAGACACAUGGACCACCUUCAUGCACCCGGGAACUUGUAUCCUAGGCCCGAGAAAAGGGUGAUGGAACCCUACAUGGAUGGCCCCAGAGGACCACACGCCCCUAACGGGUUCGCCAAACCCGAAUCGGAACUGAAUAGCAUGGUCCCUCGUCCACCCCCUCGCAAGCCAUUCCCGCCUGGCGUUGACUUGGAGCAAGUCAACCGCGCUGCGGCUGAGAUCGAUCAAGCUGAAAAGAGUGAUGUUGAAGAUGCUAGCUUCGAUGCGGAACUCGGGCGAUAUCGCGAGAAGGGCUACAAACGCUCAUUGGAUGGCAGCCGUGCAGAGCAAAUCCGGAGAAAGCGCCGUCGCAACGAGUUCCUGGCCGACCUUGCCAGAUCCUUUGAAAAGCAGGCCAUCCUUGGCAACGAACGAUUCCGAGCACUGAAUGAAGGUGCCGUCAUGGCCGAAGUUCAACAGAAGGAGGUACAGGAUGAGAAGGAGCGCAAAAAGGACAUGCAGCGGAAGCGCCGCCGUGAAAACACAGUGCGCCAGGAAAUGCAAAAGAAGCUGGAGGCCGAGCGCAAGGCAAGCAAGGCUCUAGAGCCUGGCGAGAAGGCCAAGUUCUUGCGCGAAGCCGAGCGAGCGCAAAAGAAGAUCCGAACCACGAAGCGCGCCCUGGAGGGUGGCAACGCUGCGGAUGAGCUCGGCGAGGUCACUCCCUUGGCUCCUAACCUUGAAGGCGGGACCGUCAGUCAAUUCCAUAUUGGCCGUUCUUCUCCCAGUCGGCGUCGGUCAGGCCGUGCUGGCCCUAGUACUCGCCCAAAGAAGUCCAAGGAGCAGAAGGAGCGCGAAAAGCAACUUGCCGAGGAUGCUUGGAUGGACGGCUACGGCGACGAGUUGUACCUCACCCCCAGGAGGGAUGCCGGGGCCUCGAAAGAGGGUACUCCAAUGUCCCAAUUGCACUACGACAGCAAGGGCUACAACCAGAUCUAUGAGCAAAUUUGGCGUGAUAUCGCACGCAAGGAUAUUCCCAAAGUCUAUCGCAUCAAGACCACUUCUCUCUCCACCCGCCAAGAGAAUUUGCGCAAGACAGCGCAAUUGGCCAGCAAGCAGUCCCGCAAAUGGCAAGAACGCACGAACAAGAGCACCAAGGACACCCAGGCCCGUGCCAAGCGUACCAUGCGUGAAAUGAUGUCCUUCUGGAAGCGUAACGAGCGUGAGGAACGUGACCUGCGCCGCGUGGCCGAGAAGCAGGAGCUCGAAUCGGCCAAGAAGGCCGAGGCGGACCGUGAGGCCAACCGACAGAAGCGAAAGCUCAACUUCCUUAUUUCGCAGACCGAGCUGUACUCCCAUUUCAUUGGGCGCAAGAUCAAAACCGAUGAGGCGCAGGGAGACGGUGCUGUCGCAGCUACCGGGGAAACUGUUCAACCAGGCAAGGAAUCAGCACACACAGUCAACCUCCCCGACAGCGUAGCCAAUCCCAAUGCCAAGUCUACCGCUUUUGAGGACCUCGACUUCGAUGCUGAAGACGAAACUGCUCUUCAGCAAGCCGCCAUGGCGAAUGCACAGAACGCCGUGCAGCAAGCUCAGGACCGUGCUCGUGCCUUCAACCAGGAGGGUGAUAACAUGGCUGCCUUUGAUGACGGCGAAAUGAACUUCCAGAACCCGACUAGUCUGGGUGACAUUGAGAUCUCUCAACCCACCAUGUUGAAUGCCCAAUUGAAGGAGUAUCAGUUGAAGGGCCUCAACUGGCUUGUUAACUUGUACGAGCAGGGUAUCAACGGUAUUUUGGCAGAUGAAAUGGGUCUGGGUAAAACCAUCCAGUCCAUCUCAGUCAUGGCGUACUUGGCAGAAUUCCACAAUAUCUGGGGUCCCUUCCUGGUCAUUGCACCAGCAUCCACCCUACACAACUGGCAGCAGGAGAUCACUCGUUUCGUACCGAACCUCAAGGUUCUGCCGUACUGGGGUAAUGCCAAGGACCGUAAGAUCUUGCGAAAGUUCUGGGAUCGAAAGCACAUCACCUACAACCGUGAUUCGGAAUUCCACGUUCUAGUCACCUCUUACCAGCUCGUCGUUCUUGACGCUCAGUACUUCCAGAAGGUGAAGUGGCAGUACAUGAUUUUGGACGAAGCUCAAGCUAUCAAGUCUUCUCAAAGUUCGCGAUGGAAGAACUUGCUGGGUUUCAGUUGCCGUAACCGUCUGCUCUUGACUGGUACGCCAAUCCAGAACAACAUGCAAGAAUUGUGGGCUUUGCUUCACUUCAUUAUGCCUACUUUGUUUGAUUCCCAUGAUGAGUUCAGUGAAUGGUUCUCCAAGGACAUUGAGUCCCAUGCUCAGAGUAACACCAAGCUCAACGAGGAUCAGCUCAAGCGUCUUCACAUGAUCUUGAAGCCUUUCAUGCUGCGCCGUGUGAAGAAGAACGUCCAGCAAGAACUUGGUGACAAGGUCGAGAAGGACAUCUUCUGUGACCUGACUUACCGCCAGCGUGCCCUGUACGCCAACCUUCGCAACCGUGUCAGCAUCAUCGAUCUCAUUGAAAAGGCUGCCACCGGUGAUGACACUGACAGCAGCACGUUGAUGAACUUGGUUAUGCAGUUCCGAAAAGUGUGUAACCACCCCGAUCUUUUCGAGCGUGCAGAGACCAAGUCUCCAUUCUCUGCUGCUUACUUCGCGGAAACUGCUUCUUUCGUGCGCGAGGGAAGCUUUGUUGAUGUACGAUAUUCGACUAAGAACCUGAUCGAUUACGAAUUGCCGCGUCUGCUGUGCAGUUCUACUGGCCGACUUGAUAUUCCUGGCUCUGAUAACCCUCGUGCCGGUUUCCAGAACAAGUACCUCUCACAGCUGAUGAACGUCUGGACGCCUGAGAACAUACAGAAGAGCGCCAAGGAGAACGGCGCAUUCUCCUUCCUACGUUUCGUUGAUACCUCCGCGGGAGAAGCCAGCGAGCUUUCACGUCUUGGUCCCUACGAGCGCGCUGCUCGUCGUCGUGGCAAGUCAAACAGACUCUCAGGCUUGAAUGUUCUUUAUGACGAAGGCGAAGACAAGGAGAACUCAGUGCUCUCCCAUUCUAUGUUGAAUAUUGUUGAACGAAAUGAUCGCAGUGCUGUACGAGAUAUUGCUGUUGAGGGUCGGAUGCGAGACUUGAUGACCGUCUCCCGUUCGGCAUUUGAGGACCAAGGCCUACACCUAAUUGAGCCAUGUGCUUCUCCCAAUGCUUCAGCGCCCCCUGUUACUGUGUCAUCGUCUGGUCAACAAGCAUCGAGAGAAUUCAACGACGCUUUGUUCAAUGUAUCUGUCCGCCAAGCGCUGUCUGCCCACUCUAGCAGACAACUCGAGGAACAGAUCCUCGCCCAAAAGCUGGACCCUACGCCUUACUCUCAGCCACCUAUGCUGCCAGCUCCGCUCUCACUUAAGGGACGUUACAACCACAUCGAGGUUCCCUCGAUGCGUCGCUUCGUGACGGACUCGGGCAAGCUGGCCAAGUUGGACGAGCUAUUGCGAGAGCUCAAGCCCGGUGGCCACCGUGUGCUUUUGUAUUUCCAGAUGACGCGCAUGAUCGAUUUAAUGGAAGAGUACCUGACAUACCGCAACUACAAGUACUGUCGACUGGACGGAAGCACCAAGCUGGAAGACCGUCGCGACACUGUCGCCGAUUUCCAGGCAAACCCCGAGAUCUUUGUCUUCUUGCUGUCGACCCGUGCUGGUGGUCUUGGUAUCAACUUGACUGCCGCCGAUACUGUUAUCUUCUACGAUUCCGAUUGGAACCCGACUAUCGAUUCACAGGCUAUGGAUCGUGCUCAUCGUCUGGGUCAAACUCGCCAGGUUACAGUCUACCGUCUUAUCACCCGUGGCACCAUUGAGGAACGUAUUCGCAAGCGUGCCUUGCAAAAGGAAGAGGUGCAGCGUGUCGUUAUUACUGGAGGUGCUUCUGGCGGUGUCGACUUCAACACCCGUGCUCGCGAGAACCGCACCAAGGAUAUUGCCUUGUGGCUUGCCGACGACGACGAAGCCGAACUCAUCGAACAGAAGGAGAAGGAGGCUAUCGAACGUGGCGAGACCCUUGGCGCUAAGGGCGGAAAGAAGGCUGCUGCGAAGCGCAAGCGUGAUCUUACCCUGGAUGACAUGUACCAUGAAGGCGAGGGUAACUUCGACGACGCUAGUGCAAAGCCAUCAGGUGCUGCCACCCCUGCAGAAGAGCCCCUCGAUACGCCAUCAGCAACACCAGCAAAGCGCGGCCGCGGCCGUGGUCCAGGCAAGGGCACAUCAAAACGUGCCAAGACGACAAAGGAGCGUCUGCGCCUGAUUGACGGCGACGGCGGCCUCGAUUAA